UGACACAGGGAGCAGCUGAGCCAGCCAGGGGAAUGCAGCAAAUACGUGUAGUACAGUUUAUGUAUAGUGCCGUAAGGUCGAUGGCCGAUUUUUCGUCAGAACAGGACGCUCGUACGCACUGCUAGAGUUAGGUCUGCGAGGCUCGCAGCCCCGGGCUAGUGAUGCGGUGCUAGACUCACCACGGCUUCACAGCUCCUCUUUUCCGGCCUUCUGGAGCCUUCAGACGCAUUCGGUUUCGGUCAUUGUUGGGAAAAAAAUCGAAAAAAGAAAUCUCCGCCGUCAAAGGCGCACUUGGAGACAGGAUCCAGAGCAGAGAUAAUAAUAGUAUUUUGCAUCUGAAGCAGGUUAAGCGGCGUGCUCAGGAGGCAAGGAGGCAUAGUGACUAAACCUAGGCCGAACUGACCUAGGUCAUCUUGACGUUGCGCGUCACUGACAGUUGUGUACACCGAGCAAUGGACGGCAAGCCUACGAUCAAACAGCCACGCGACGGAUUGCAACUUAAGUCAUAGUCUUCCGACGAUGUUCGCGGGGCGUCCCCUUGUCCCUCUUACCGUCCCAUCCCAAUGUCUCGAUUCCCGCAACGCGUUGACUCGUGAGCGUGCGCCGUCGAUUUUCCAGAACGCUAAGCCACAGGGAUGGUGCUGAAGCUGAGACCUAAGUGACCAGAACAAGCGAGCGAGGCGAGAGUAGGCAACGGCGGAUGGCCGGCAGCCGAACGCGCAUGGGAACGCCGCGACAAAGGGAAUGCCGCGCGUAAACAGCUGGUCCUAGGUACUGCUACCCCGAGCUACAGACGAUAGCACGAGGGAGGAACGGGAGGCGAGAGGAGGCGGCAGGGAGAGGGAGGAGAAGGAGGGGAGAAGUGGGAUAGGUAGGAGAGGAAAGUUGAGGAGGAGGUCGCGGAGAAGGCUGAGGAGAAGGAGGCAGAGAAAGGGUGGAGGAGGAGCAGCAGCAGCAGGGUGUUGAUUAUGGGAUGCGGAUCGUCGUCUCUCAAGCCCGCGGCGACCAACGAUGCGGUGGACCCUGCGACGCUGAAACCAGCAGAUGCCAGUCACCAGCGCCAGCAGCCGCACCCGCAGCAGCAGCAGCAGCAGCAGAAUGAGCAUGAGGGAGCAGGCAAGCGGGAACACGCUGACGGGGAAUCCGGCGGCAAGGCCGCUGCUCCAGACGCAGCGGUCACCGCCGUGGCGAGCGCCGAGACUGACCACGAGAAUGCGAGGACGGAUGGCGGAAAGACAGCCGGGUCGGGGGGAAACGAGGAGCGGGGGGGGGACAAUGGCGCAACAGGUGCGGAGAAUGCUUCCGCCAGGGGACAAGGGGGAACGAAAGCGGGGCAGGCGCAGCAGCAGCAGCAGCAGCAUGAGCGGAGGCCGAGCGGCGGAAAUGUGAAUCUGGGGGGAAAGGGGGGCGGGGGAAACGCGCGGAGCAGUAGCAGUGAGAGCGCAGGGGGGCGAGAAGGGGGGACGGCAGCGCAUAUGUGGCAGCAUAUGCAUGGAGUUGCGAUGCGGAUCAUAGGAAGAUCCCCCAGUGACGAUCGGGAGGGGGGCGCGGGGGGCGGAAGGAAGGGGAAGGAGACGGCUGGGGGGGGGUCAGGGAGAGAUAGGGAGAAAGAGAGGGAGAAGGAGAGGGGGAAGGAGAAGGUCAAGGGGAAGAGCAAGGCGGAUAGAGAAGCGCGCGCGAGAGAAAAGAAAGCAAAGCAGGCGGCAUACGACGAGAGCCUGAACCGCAUGCUCAAGACUCCGGUCAUUUCAUGCACGGGCGCCAUACGGCAGAACGGCCGCAUCGAGGUGAUGUCGUUUGAGGUGGCGCAUGUGAUGGUGCGCCUGGUGCAGCUGCACCACUGCCUGCAGGACGCCCCCAUGGCGCAGUUCGCCUCGGGCGUCAUCGCCUCGCCCGGCAUCGCUGCGCUCGUCACCGCUGACCGCGACACCGCCUGGCGCAUCGCUGCCACUGAUAGACUGAAGGACCUGCAGGUGAUUGCUCGAGACGUGGCCCGGUUCGGACGGCAGUGCCCCGACCCCGUGCUGCAUGGGCUGCACGCGCUCUUCAACAGCCUGCGUCCCCCAUCCCCUCAACCAGCGGCACAGCAGCAGGAGGAGGACGAUUGCCUGCGAUGGCACACAAAGAAGGGCAAGGAGGGGGGAGAAGAGGACAAGAGGCGACACGAGGAGCAGCAGGAUGGGGAGCAGGGGAAGCAGAAGGGGGAAGGGGGGGAGGGGGAGGAGGAGGGGGAGGGGCAGAACAGAGUGGUGCGGGUAUCGGAGGAGGAGGGCACAGCUACCAUUCGAUGGCUUGAGCAGCAUGCGUCGCUCGCAUCUGAGCUGUACCACGAGAUCACGAGCAUAGAGCACAUGUACAAGGCCCUGCAGAAGCGACUCAACGAGAAGAAGUCCACCGCCAAGCCCAGCAUCAUCCGAGACCUGAUAGAGCACAUGCGGUCGGAGCUGGACGCCAAGAAGGACGCAGUGAACGGCAAGCGAGAGGGCAGCCUGUGGGCCAUGGGCAUCAACGAGGUGGUGACAAGGCUAAGGGACGCAGUUGUCUACCUCCACUCUCGCAUCCACACUGUGUUUGGCGAACAUGCGCAUGUGUGGGAGUCGUUUAUGGACGGGAGUGCGAGUGCGAGUGUGGGUGGGGAUGGGGGUGGGGGUGUGAGCAUGGGGGCGGAGCGGCGGCUUGGGGAGGUGGGCAUGGACCUGCACUACGCUAACAUCGUCACCAUGAUCGAUAAGAUUGUGAUGGGCAAGUCGGUGGAGCAGCACCGCGAGGCGCUGUACAGCGCGCUGCCGCGGCCGGUACUGCACGGGCUGCGGCGGCGGCUGCAGCAGUCGGAGGCGGUGGCGGACAUGGGCACGGACCAGCUGCAGGCUAGCCUGGAAGGCGUGCUGGACUGGCUUGCUACCAUGGCGGAAAACACCAUCAAGAUCGGAGUGGACCGUCGGUUGCAGGGGCACACGGAGCUGUCUCUCCUGGAGACCCUCUACCACGUGGAGGAGAGGAAGCUGCAGGCGCUGCUCGUGGACCUGCUAGUGCACUUGCAGCACUAUGCCAGUAGGGAGGACGCGGAUGAUCCUGAGUACGCCUGGGCGCCCAUUCCCCGCUUUGCCAUUGUUGCUGCUGUUGCGAGCGACUCCGAGGGAAGUGCUCCCGAGACGUCUAGUGCAGCUGCUGGUGGUGGUGCUGGUGCUGGUGCAGGUGGUGCAGAGGUUGCUGCUUUUGAUGGGUCUGUUGGGGUCGGUCUGGUUGCAGGGCUGGCUCCUGUCUCUGAGGAACCUGUUGCUUCACUUGCUCCUUCCACACCUUCUGCUGCUGCUGCUCAUGCUGCGGAUGCUGAUGUUGCUGCCGACGGUGCUGCUGCUGGUGCUGAACUCGCUGUGUCUGCUGCUGGUGCUGCUGAAGCAGACAUGAGUACGUCACCUUCAUUAGCACCGGCUGCCAUUCCCUCUUCCUCCUCUAAGGCUCCUUUUGUGGCGGAGACAGCUUUGGAAGGCAUGGGUGGUGCGACUGCCCCGGCUCCUGCUGCUGCUGCACGUGCUGCCUUCAACCCGCAGGCCCCUCGUGCGCCUUAUGCUUCUUUGGAAGACACCCAUGACGCUCACGAGCCCCUCACCCCUACCUUCCCCCUCACGCCUCUCACCCCGAUCACCCCUUCCGCCAUUCCGUGGAGCGCCUUCUCCCCUCUCUCCCAACCCACAGCAGCACCACCAGCGGGGACAGCUGCAGCAGCUGCAGCAGCAGCAGCAGCAGCGACAACAGGGACCGCAGUGGGAGCUGCAGCAGAUGGCGCAACAACAGAACCUGGUGCCGGUGCACCUGGUGCUGCACUUGUCAAGGAGGGGCCAGCAUCUGUCGAGACUGCUGUCGCAGCAGCAGCAGGCGACGGAGGAGGAGGAGGAGGAGGAGGAGGAGGAGGAGGAGGAGGAGGAGGAGGAGGAGGAGGAGGAGGAGGUGGAGGUGUAACCGAAGCGGACAACCGAGGUAGUCGCAGCGGCGGUGUGGCUCUUCGCUCUGGUGCCCCCCUCCCUCUGCGCGUGUCCUUCCCCACAAGCAAGUCUGUCUCUAGCUCAUCCGCUUUUGACUCAACCAACCUCAAGUCACCCGCGUCUGUUUCGGCUGUAUCUGAAACCGCCCUCUCUGUCUCGGGCCCCAACACGCCCACUCCGCUCUUCGGCAUCUCGUCCCCGCUCUCCGUCUCCUCCCCGGCCUUCACACCUACUGCCAUUUCCGAAGCUGCCAGCACCACCCCCGGUUCGAUCUCUGCUGCCCACCUCCGCUUUGCGACCAGCUCCCUGGCGCCCUCGCGUAGUGCUGUCCGCUUUGCCGGCGGCAGCAUUCCCCGCCCGCAGCACCCGGACGGGCGCAGGCGCACUCGCAGCAACCGCGCCAUCAGAGCUGCUAGCUCUGGCGUGCGGGGAGAGGGAGGAGGAGCAGGGGGGGGCGGCGGAGGGUCAGCUGGCUCCAGCGGAUCCGCAGGGUCUGCAGGGUCGGGAGGAGGAGGAGGAGGUAAAGUGGGGGGUUACAAUGUUGCCAUGUCGCUUCCGGCUGCGAUGGUGCCGGGAGCGAAGGGAGGAAUCAAGAGCUCCUUCGGUGCGUAUGGCAUACCAGUGAACCCCAUGCACAGCUUCGAGCUCCCGUCCCACCGCCGUCACAUCAUGCCGCAGCCCCUCCGCCUCUCCCUCCUCUCCGACUCGCCCUAUCACACCGGCGGUUUGGGCGGCUCUAGCGCAUUCUCCCCAGGGGGGGCGGGGGGUGUGCAUGGGGACAGUGCCCCGUCCCCGCUGGCGCAGCUGGUGGCAUCUGCAGCAUUGGAGGAGGAUGAGGAGGAGAUGAUCCAUGCCAUGGCGUCGCCGCUGCCGCAGUGGCUGCCGGUGUCGUCGGCAUUUCGGGAGGAGGAGGAGGGGCGGCUGCGGUCGCGGGCUUUCUCGCCUGCCAGCCCCACGCCUGGAACCCCCACCGUGGUGCCGAGAAUGCUGAGCCGCGCCAUGCGGAAGACCAUGACUGAGUGGGAGAUGGGUCCCAUGGCGGAUUCUCUAGCCAUGGAGGGUGCGACUGUGAGUGGGCUUGGGGGUGUGAAGGGGAGUGGAGGGGGAAGUCUGCAUCUGAGUGGAAGCGUCGAUGCCUUUUUGGAUAGUUCCAGGAGGGGUGGGACGGAGAGAGGGGGCGCGUCAGGCGGAGGAGGAGAAGGGGGUGGAGGGAGGGGGUCUGGCUCGCAGCUUGCUACGGGGGUUGGAGCAUCAGGGGGUGCUGGAGCGGGGGUGGGAGAAGGAGGAGGGAUAUGGGAAAGUGUAGGUGGGAGCAGCAGUGCGGCUGGCAGUGCAAGUGGCAGUGGCGUGCUGAGUGCAGUGGCAAUGGCUGGAGGGGAAGAGAUGAGCCCAAGGGCUGCAGGAGCGUUCGCCGCCACACCCAGCAGCAGCAGAGGUGGGGGAAGCAUGGGCGGAGUGGGGGGCAGUCAGGUGGGCAGCAACGCGCCCACUCCCCGCGUGGGCGCUCACAUGCGGCCCGAGAGCUGGCGGCUGAGGCCCAUGGCGCCUCUGCUGGUGGAUGUGGACCGGAUCGACGACGACGAGAACGGCGCCGCGCUCAUUGCUGCGGCUGUGGGGGGUAGCCUGCUGAGUGGUGGGGAUGACGAUGAGGAGGAGCGCGGCGAGGCGAGUGAGGGCGGGUGCAGCAUGGGGCCGAGCCCGAGAGUGCCCGGGGAGGGAGGGAUGGGAGGGGCGGGCAGUGGACGUAGUAGCGUGGGGCCGAGCCCGAGAGUGCGUGGAGAGGGAGGGGCAGGAGGGGUGGGCAGUGGGCGUAGUAACGUGGGACCGAGCCCGAGGGUGAUGUCUGGGGAUAGGGCUGCUGGCGUUGGUGCUGGUUCUGGUGUGGGCCCAAGUCCCAGAUCGUCAAUCGAGAGGGGCGCUGGUGAUGGCGGUGGGCAUUGAGGUGCUGCAGUGAUGGGAAAGGGAAGGAGUGUGCAGCUGGUUGUGGUGGUGGUUGUUUUGUGGAGAGGUGGAGAUGUUGCGGCGGUGACGGAGGGAUUCUGUGGAGAAGUGGCAGGAGCGGCGAGUGAGAAAAUGUGGGAGUGGGAGCAUGUCGGUGGGAGUGGCUGGGGUGCUGGGGGAUGGAGAGGUGUGCGGAAAUGACUUUGGGGGGGAUGCAGUGAAGACAUGAAGGGUGGAAAAGUGAUUGGUACAGGGGCCGGGGGAAGCAACCGUGCCGUUGGAAACGUCUGCACUGCAGGGGUGUGCUACAUUUUGUCUUUCACCCCUUAUAUCCUCCUCGCUUCCUCCUCCACGCUGUCAUGUGUGACUUGCUCGUUGCUGUCAUUUUUCUUCCUUUAGACGUCACACGACAGGAACCGAUGAAUUGCGCAU